AUUGAUUUGCACAAGGUGGGUUUUUUGUGUUAACCAGUCUCAAUGUUGGAACGACUUCAGAAGACGUGUCACAGUGCAAAUAUUACAAUGAAGAACACAUGUGUGACUUUGCUUGUUUUGUCGGCGCUCUUUGUGAACACUACUACGGCCGACGACGACGACGACUAUAAGCCCCAUGAAAUUUUCAACAACGUCCAUCCGGUUGUAUUCAAAAUGUACAUGGAAUCGCUGGCCGACAGUGUGCCCGAGAUGGAAGACAUGCUCGAGCUGUUCAACAUGUAUUGGGAUCAUGUCAAAGCAGGAAUAUGCGAAUACAACCGCGUGAUGUACUGCUAUUGUUUGAACGAGGCGCACAAUGUGUUGAUGGACUUGUACUUUGGCGAUCAGCAAAAAAUCAAAAUGGCCGAACCGUUCCUUAUCGAGAAACAAAACGAAAUGUUCCCCUUGGAAACGAUCGACGAACUACGAUGGGCCGAAGAAACGAUUUUCCAGGUCCAUUGGAAAGUACCGCCCGAGGAUUUCACAGAAAAUUGGACGGAGCCUUAUGACAUGGUAAAAGAUAAUAUCGUUCCCGUUGCACUACUGGAGUACAUGGAAUCGCGACCGGACAUGGAAGAGCUGCUGACUUUGUACAAAUUUUAUUGGAAAUACCGAAGAAGCGGUCGGUGUGUCGACGAACUUGCGAGAUUUUGCGGUUUUCUACUGGAAGCCUUUACCAUUGUGUUCAACUUGUAUUUCACUGGUCCCGGCAUUAACAUAGAAGCCGUCAUGCCGUCGCUGUUGGAAAUACAAGACCGACUAAAUUCUGACUUAAGUUGGCCCGACAACGAUGUGUUCUCGACUAUGUAGUAUUUACAGUUUUUAAAUUUUCAACUACAAGACAUUUUAAAACACACUUCCGUGUACGACGAUUUCAAGCACUCGUCACUAAUACUCGUGAGAUUUUCAAUGUUAUGAAAAAAUUACCCGCCGCUUUCCACCUAACCUGUUUGUUGCAACCUUUUUCAUAACCACUAAUCUUCGUUUGCCUAUUUUAAUUUGAUUUUCAUAGAAUAUAGGUACCGGUUUUUGUAAAAAAUAUAUUAUAUUAAGUUCUUAAGUUACUCGUCGUACGUCUUCAAAACUGUCUAGGAAUGUAUUCAAUAAGCAUGUUGUCAUAUUUAAAAAAAAAAAAAUUGUCAAUAAACUAUCUUUGGACUGGUACAAUUAUGAAGCCAGAUUAUACAGGGUGAUUUAUGAAGAAUAGACACUCAAUAUGUCUUAAAAUAAUUGCAAUUGUGUAGUGUCACUUCUUGAAAACUUUUUUUGUUCACGUUUUUCUACACUGUUUUAUGAAAUUACUAAAAUUUUCAUUUUUUUAAAAAUAUUUUCCAGAGCUUUAUCCACUUUUGAAACUUAAGCAGUAACGUAUACCAUAUAUUUGAUAAACUUUCUAAUUUAAGAAUAAUUUGCUGACAAUUUUGACUGGUCCAUGACCAGUUUUGGAUAAUUACUUUUCAAGUUAUUAAAGUUUAAAAUUAUGACUUUAGUCAAGCCAUGUAAUGUUUUUUUUAAUUAUAAAUAACCCGUUUUCUCAUAAUACUAAAUAUAUUGUACAUACUAUACUCCACCCUUUUUCCCGUCAUAAAUUUUAAACUUUAGUAGUAACUAUCCUAAAUUGGUUAUCGACCAGUCACAGUACUUGUCAGCAAAUUAGUCUUAAUUUACAAAGUUAAUUAAAUAUAUACAAUAUCAUAAAAAUUUUGAAAAUUGAUCGAGCUUUGGGGAAAAAAUUUAAAAAAAAGUUACAAACUUGAAUAUUGUCUAAUAUCAAAAACAACUUGAACUAAAUGGUCUCCAAAAAGAAAAACUACAAAAUUGCAAUUGUUUUAAAAUAAAACGAGUGUCUUAUCCUUAUUGAAUCAUUACUCUGUACUUGUUCUAUUGUGUUUUAUUAAAAUUGCAACGAACAUAUUUUUCUAAAAUAAAAAAUACAUCAUAACGGUAACUAUAACUGUUAUGUUAUUUACCUUGUGCGAUUGUGAGUAGAAAAUAAAACUGCAGUGACAUGAUAAAAA